CGUCUUUACAGGUCUUUACUGUGCUACUGUGCAGAGUCAAACCACGCGGCUGGACCGAAAACAGCCACAAAACUGACCGCGGGAGAUUUAUCUUGCUGCACUUUCAACAUUUUCUGCUUUUCAGUUCGUGGAUAUCCGAGAGCGUCGAGGUUUGGAUCAGAACGGACUCGUGCAGAACUUGGGAUGUAGCUGAAGUAAAGCACCAAAACCACGGCCUGUGGGGUUGUCGUGCCCAGGCCAUUAACCUACAUUUUACUAAGGUUUGACAUUUUACUACCGCGCUAAUCUUUUUAUGCCUGUGAUAUUUUUCCUCGUUAUGGCUGGUUUGAAGACGCCUCCGGGCUUGAGUUAGCAGAUCACAGUGCACCUCUGCCCUGGGCCCAAUAAUGACUAUGAGCUCAAUGCCGGACACUUUGUCUGACCCGUCCAAGUCCGCCUUUUUGGAAUUCGGUGGGCACAGCUACCCUGGACAUGCCGGACACCAGCAGCCCUCCCCCGGCUUGUCACACAAUCAUUACCCGGUCCACAGUUUGCACGCGGUGGGGCCCUCGCAGCAUGAAGGCCCGUUCCCCUCGGGGGCCUCGUACGGGCGGCCGCUAGGAUAUUCUCCGUACAGCCACCCCGGAGCAUAUCUGCCGUACCAGCCCGGAGCGCACAGCGGCGGACUGGGACACUCCAGACUAGAGGAGUCCGAACACGACAAACCCACUGCGGUGAUCGAAAACGGGGAGGUGAGGCUCAACGGCAAAGGCAAGAAGAUCCGGAAGCCCCGCACCAUCUACUCCAGUCUGCAGCUCCAGGCUUUGAACCAGCGCUUUCAGCAGACACAGUACCUCGCCCUGCCCGAGAGAGCUGACCUGGCCGCCAAACUGGGCCUGACGCAAACGCAGGUGAAAAUAUGGUUCCAAAAUAAGCGCUCCAAGUACAAGAAGAUCAUGAAGAACGGUCCCUGUGGAGUGGAGGGGGAGCACCUGGCCCCCCCGCCCACCUCCUCGUCCUCCCCCUGCUCCCUGUGGGACAUCAGCAUGGCCUCCAAAGCAGCGCCCGUCCACUCCGGAGCGUACAUGAACAAUUUCGGACACUGGUACCCCGCACACCAGCAGGACUCUGUCCCCAGAACUCAGAUGAUGUGACCCACAAGACGUCCAGCGCAAACGUUGACUGCAAUUCUCCCGGGUAAACUUAAAGGUGCAUUAUGUAACAUUUCUGCUAGUGGGACGGCUACUUCUUGUAUCCAUAGAGAUGUUAUUGUUUUGCUUGGAAUGUUCUAGCAUUCAAGUUAUCUAUCUCCAUGAAGACAAGUGCCAGAUCUGUGAAGAGGCGACCCCGCUCUCACUACAAAUGUUUGUUUAUCAGGAUAAUUUUGAGGAAGAAAAAUACCUGUAAUAGAUGCAUGAUAGAUUUGUUUAAUGCCAUACUGUGGAACAUUCCAAAGCAAAGCAAUAACAAUCCAACUGAAGACAAGGAAGUCGAAGAUUCUUCACCAAAAAUGUUACAUGGUGCUCCUUUAAAGCUCUCAUGUAACGCUGAAAUGACUUUGGGAAAUUUUAAACCGUGAUAGGUAGUGUUGUUCCCUCAUCAAAAAUAUGUUUCUUUUUGUUACAUGUAGAUAAAGUAGUGCCCAAUUAUGCUCUGUGCACUUCCUACACUGCCAGUAGAGGGCGACAGACAUAUAAGCAAUUGCUGAAUAAUCAUCAGGACUCUACAAAAGAUAAAUCCUGCCGCAAGUGAUCAAAAUUGUUGAAGUUGUACUACAAGAAAUACUAGAACAAAGAGGUUUAGAUAUAGGACUGCUUAACAAAUAGGCUAUAAAAUGUUUACAACACUUAAACUAAAAGCACUUGAAGAACAUGAUACUUGGAGUUCUGCCUUGUCCUACAUUUAAACAGGGUAAAACGAUGUUCAAAAAAUAUAUAAUUGCUUUAGUGACCCCUUGUGGUUGUAUUAUAGCCUAUAUGGUCCCAAAUAAAGUUAUUGUUUUGAAACAUUCGAGACAGUGAAAGAUCUAGAAACAAUCUUCAAAAAUAUGUGGAUUUUUUUUUUUUUUUGGCACUUCUCAUUUGGGAUAGCACUGUCACAUUUGGGGCUUUGGGUUUAGUGGAUUAGUGGGAUCAGAAUGUGUCCUUAAGGCAGCACUGGCAGUUACAGAAGCGCAGUCACGUCUGGGUAUAGUCCGGUUAUUUCUGGACAUUUCAGGGAUUUCUGGUGCUGACUUUUCAUGGGGCAUCUAGAUGUCAGAAUGUGGUUGUUUGUAAUAUAGAAAUUGAUCAAAACAACCAAAGAACCGUUUUGUUUUUUGUUCUGUUUUGUUCGUAUUUUAUGUUGUAAGUUUAACAGGGUAAUACUGUAAGAUGCACUCUUGUGACUUUGUUGUUACAAAUCGACUUUUCAAAUGACAUUUUGGACAUUUAACAAUAAAAAUU